UUUUUCAUCAAAGUUAAAAGCUAUUUUUAUCAGUUUAGCACGUGGAGAGACCAAAAAUACAAAACAAACUCUAAAAAGCACGCUCUAAAAUGGGAAAAUCAAGCAAAGAAAAGCGAAGAUCUGAGGUAGAGGACGAAGCAGGGGAUGGAGGUGACAGUAAAGAAAUAUGGCAAGAGAAAAUCAAGUACCAGAGUUCUAUUUCCCAGCCGUUAGCGCCAAGGAAAUUGACCAAAAGAAUUUACAAAGCUGUAAAGAAAGCUUCAAAACAGAAACAAUUAAGAAAAGGUGUGAGAGAAGUGCAAAAAUUUAUUAGAAAAGGAGAAAAGGGGAUUGUAAUAUUAGCUGGUGAUGUAAGCCCAGUUGAUGUUAUAUGUCACAUGCCUUUGGUUUGUGAAGAGGAGGGACUACCAUACUGUUACACACCAUCAAAAGAGGAUUUAGGAACAGCAUGUGGUUCAAAGAGACAGACUUGUAUGGUGAUGAUUAAACCAAAUGAUGAGUAUCGACAAUUGUAUGAUGAAUGUUAUGAACAAGUGAAAGAACUCCCACUUCCCAUUGGAUGAACGAUAACAAACUUUAACAGGUUUUAAUGAAGAAAGUUUCAAAAUUUAGAAAGACAACCUAAUUUUGCAGUGCAAUGCCAUUAGGAAUAAUGAUGGACUGUUAUAUGAAUAAUACAGAUUUAAAAAAUUGAAAAUCAAGUGUUUAAUAAAAGAUCUGUAACUUGCAAAUUUAUGUAUUGUUUUGAGAAAUAUGUGUUUUAAAUGACAUUAAUAGGAAUCAAUGAACAUUUGUUACAUUUAUGAUUAUUUUUGUUUUAUAAUAAACGUAAGAUAU